AUGUGGAGUUGGCGGGCACGGCCUUUCGAAACAUACCACGGUCCUCUCGCGCUUGCUGAGUACAUCCAAGAUCUGCUGCGGGAGGACCCUUCAGACUUGGACAGGAUCUAUGAGUUACCGAGUCCCGAUACUGAUGCUUUGGUAUGGCAGUAUGAGCAUCUGCGCCAGUUUGUCAUCGAGUUUAACUUGCUCCUGGUCGCACUGACUGGUACAUGCACUCCGGAGACAUGCCCCAAAAUGACAGCCUCCAACGACUGGCAAUAUCUGUGCGCUGCGCACAGGAAGCCGCAGGAAUGUGCAGCUAUUGACUACAUGACGCAUACUAUUGAUGGAUCGACGGCUUUGCUCACUGUGGCGUGUCCUUUCUCUUCGCGAUCGCAGGAGACUGCCAUGCUGCCAGUUCCUCCUUUCCCGGCAGCUCUGCCUCCUGCACAUGACUCUGACGCACCACGCGUGCCCGACUCCGGCGCACCGUCAGACUUGGUGACCAAUCUCCCCAGCGACGGAUGGAUUUCCCACACUGGUCCAAGAGGCCGCACAUCCUGGCACCACAAAUCCCUGGGACCCGCGCCCUGGGGGAAUCGGCCAGAGGACUACUCGACGCCGGCAAGCGCUCUUUCCGUGGCUGAUACGACUACCCUCAGUCCACCUCGUGGUCCGAGACGCGACACCAAUCCAUUUUCAGAUGACGUGAGACAGGACCCGGUCGAGAUGGGGACGCAGGGAAGCCAGACUUGUGAGGCUUCUCCCGAUGUGGCUCAUCUCUCUCCGCUGUCUUUCGGGGGCGUUGACCGACGUGCUGACUCGAGCAUGUCUCUGCCGCGAGACAAAGAAUCCAUCAGGACUCUUUCAACAGAGUUCACGCCAUCAAGCACACCACAGGUUGCGCCAACGCGCAUUCCAGAGUGCUCUGACACCCCUUCGACAAGUUCGAGACUCUUAGGAGCAUCACCUGCAGUCGGCAAGAAGAUGCCACCUGAUGGAGACAGGGGGCGAGAGUUCCAUGCUGAAUCCGGAAAGGCAACAGCUGGGACACCUUCGACCGGCUUGCGUGCUGGGUGCCUUCGAGCAGAGGUGCACAGACUCACGACUGGUGUUCAAGGAUGGAAGCGGCACGAUUGCCGGAGUCUGUUAGUCACUGGCAGCCAGUUGCUCAUCUACGAGAAGGGCUCGGUCGACCAAGUCAAGACAGUGGUGGAUGUCGGAGCCGGCGAGGUGGAGAGGUGCUGCUUGGUCGGCCCGGGAAUCAUGUCCUUGGAAGUGCAUCGGAAGAAAAGACGCUCGUCGAGCCUGGGACGGUUUACAUCGCCGCACAGAGGAGGUGGGUCCAGGUCAGAUGCUCGGGAGCAAAAGUUGUACUUCUUCGAGUUCGACCAUGCGGCUGCCGCUCAAGAGUUUUGCGAUGCUCUCGCGAGUUCCCAAUUCAGUACAGAGUGGCUGUUCGCACCCCGAAGCAAUGGAGCGGCGCAGCAGUCCACUGCAAUGGAAGUGGUGAAUGAGCACGAUCGCCUGUACUUGGCAAGCCACAAGCAAUGCGUCAAUGCGAGUUUGCGGGAUGUUGGUUUCUCUACCGUCCGUUGCAAUUUGUGCAACGGAGACAUCAAAGCUGGCUUUUUCGUCGUGGUGAUGCAGUGCAAGCACACCUUCCACAAGGAGUGUUUCCACAACCAUUUCUCGGUUACAGACAACGCGCAAGACAAUCCACAAGAACCAGAUGGCAUCAGAACAGGUAACCAGGUGCCUCCCUUUCAAUCUGAUCUGGCGAACCCAGACUGCCCGACGCCAGAAGAUGCAGUGGCAGUUGUUGCACCAGCGUGCACUUCUUUGUCCCCAUCCAUGCUGCGGAAGCAGCCUGGUCUUCGGUUGGACAAAGCAAAAGUCAAAUUGGAUGGCGGUGGCAUCGCCGACUUCACAAAGACACCGGAUGGCCUCAGGAUUCUCGAUCUGGCACCAGGCAAGGGCGACGAAUGCUGCGCUCAAGAUGACAUUGUUGUGGUGGAUUGGAGUCUGAGGAGAAGUAAUGGCUAUUUCGUGGAUGCCUCGUUUGGUUUUGAUCCAGGAAGAGGUAUAGAUGAGAAGUUUGGUGUCGGUUCGCCUGAGUUGCGCUUCUCGCCGAUCGGAGACAAAGGCGACAAAGUUAUUGAAGGCAUCAAAAAGGCAUUGAUCGGUAUGCGAGUCGGCGGGACAAGACGGGUCAUCGUCCCUCCGAAUUUGGGUUUCGUUUCUGAUGACUUGGCACCCAAGCCGAAUGACUGGGGCCGACAACGCCAGAUCGAUCGCUUCAAGAAGAAGGACUGGGUCAUCGAGCUGCGGCUCAAGGCCCUCCGCAAGUGA